CCCAUCGGAAAUUACACAAUGUAAACUGUUCCACUUACAACCAGAAUAGCCAGUAGUUUUUUCUUACAUAAUGAAGGGGUAAUGCUUUUGAAUGGUGGUGAUCCUAGCAAUCUGAUUAUUGAUUCUUCUUUCUGUUAUUGUGAUUAGGUAUGCAAUUGCCAUGUCACUUCAAAAUAAGCAGAGAGUAAUCUACACUACACCUAUAAAGGUGAGCACAUGGCAUACAUGUAAAAUGAGGGCUGUUGCUAAAAUAUGAAGUUGCCGAGUAAAUGCAAGUAGUAGGAUGGGGACUGAAUGGCCUGGAAGUCCUUUUGCAGUGGCAGAUCCAGGAGAGGGGCCUGGGGGCCCGUCCCCUGCCCCUCCCCUAUUUUAGACCAGACUGAGGCCCAAAGGGCUGAAAAAAAAAUGUUUUGAGACCGCCCCCAACCCCCCCCUUUAUCUCAAGAUCUCAAGGUUUGGAUCCGGUGCUCAUAGAAGCCGGGGAAAAUCCAUGGCCCCUGCAUCUUAGUCAGCAGGCCUGACAAUGAUUAAACUGGAUAAAAAUUUUGAUAACAUGGAAAGUUUGAGCUAAGAUGGGUCAAAAAAGCUAAAAAAAAAUGCACUCCAAUGGUAAUAUAGAUGGUACAACUGAAUGCACAGCUGUAUUUUCAUGUAAUUCAAAUAAGUAAUACCAAAAAUAAUAUUUUGUUUGCAACAUUCUUUUUAAAGGCCCUCAGUAACCAAAAAUACAGGGAGUUGUAUGAAGAAUUCCAGGAUGUUGGUCUGAUGACAGGAGAUGUCACUAUAAACCCUAGUGCCAGUGCUCUUGUCAUGACAACAGAGGUAUGUACCUUUUUUUUGUCAUAAGGGUUCUUCAGAAGCUCCAACUACAAGCAAAAGUCACUGACUCCUUGUAAUCAUCAUAGAGGUACAGGCUACUAUCAGAAAAGAAUUUAUUGCGGGUAAUGAUCAAUCUAUAGUAUUUUUUCUCAACUCUUUUGUUUGAUAUAAACAGCCAUAAUUAAGAUAAAUUAGACCUGUAAAAUAAAGCAAAUUUAACAUGGUUUAAUAAAUCAUAAUAUCAUCCUCAUCGCUAAAAUGCACAAUGCAUUUGGUCACACUAAAAUGCACUUUCCAGCAUUUUUAAAAUGAACAUUCCCCAUUCAAAGUCAAACCCCUGCCAAUGUAAAAAUGCACCUACCCUACUUGUGGCGGCGCCAUGUAAAAGGCACUCUGCAGCUUUUGAUCCACCUACUUGAAUUAUUUUCUUCCUUUACUUUACACUUUUAGAAGAUUCUUGCCUUUGUACCAAUAAGCUGUGAAACUAAUUUCCAUGUCCUUCUUGUUCUUUGUAUGUAGAUUUUGCGAAAUAUGCUGUACAGAGGUUCUGAGGUAGGAAGUAGCACUGUGUGGAAAAAUUAGUGUAAUAAUGUAGAAAAAGUCUUCUUUUUAAGAAAGCAGCUUAAUCAGGUGGUUUGAAUGGACUGGUUAUCUAGAGUUCUAGCUACACUAAUUGCUAAUCACCUAACUACAGUACCAGCAGAAGUUUUUGUUAACUUUGUUUUUUUGUGUCCUUUUCAUUUACAUGUAGCUGAUGAGAGAAGUGGCUUGGGUUGUUUUCGAUGAAAUUCACUACAUGAGAGAUAAAGGUAAUUCUUCAAAGCAAUAUUGCCAUACAUAUGAUAUUAAGUAGCUUUGCUACAGUUUAGAUGCAUUGUAUCCUGUUAUGGUUCAAUUAUUACUACCAUGUUAAGUCAUCACUAGGGAGCUUAAGCAAUGAUGAUAGUGAUGGUGACUGCAAUGAAAAAAACAAAAAAGCAAUGGAUUUUGAUUGGCAAAACAACAAAGUCUGCACAUGUAUCAUGCCCUUUUGUACAGUUCUUUGCCGUCGUUGCACAAUUACAUGUACAGUGAGAAAGUGCCUAAUUUCACAUUUUUGUCAAGGACGUGAACAGAAGAUGUAACAACUUUUUUUUCUAUUCCUGUAGUUUUACUAGUAAUAUUUUUGAGAACAAUACACUAUGUAUUUUCUUCAUAACCUAAAACAAAGAAAAACAAAAAUUAAAAUGGUUCAAAAACUUUUAGAUGGGCAUAAAAUUUAAGCCAAUGUAAGGAAUUUUGUUUUAAGUCACAUGGAUGUUAUUUGAUUUUUUUAUAGAGAGAGGUGUUGUGUGGGAGGAAACCAUCAUCCUGUUACCAGAUAAUGUUCAUUAUGUCUUCUUGUCCGCAACAAUUCCAAAUGCAAGACAGUUUGCUGAGUGGAUUUCACAUUUACAUAAACAGGUAAGUCAUAAUUUAUUAUAAAUACACCUGAACGGGCACAAAAAGGUUAUUGUAAAAAUGACCUCAUAGGGUUGAUACAAUUUUGGUACUAGUGACCUAGUAGUUAGUACAAUUUUUCUAAAGAGAUUUUUCCAAUUAUUGUAAUUUUUGAUUGCUCAGGUGGGUCAAUCAACAACAACAACAACAACAAAUUUUAUUGAAAAUUGGAAAAUAACUAAUUACAUUACUUUCCCACCCGCAAAUAGCUUAUGAACUAAUCGAGGCGGGGGGAGCUGAAGACAUAUUACAAAACAAGAAUUAUAUAUAGAUGGACUAGAUAACAGUGAAGACACUACAAUACAGUAAAUAGAGUUUAAACUAACAUAAAACAAAAAACAAAAAACAAGGCAUGUACAUAACGAUUACGAAGAGAGGUUAACUAAAGUAUUAAAUAACUUAAUAAGACGGAGACUUCGACAUAAUCAUUUCUGACCGCAAAAAAUUUAGUAAUAAUUCCUUUAUUUUUUUUACGAAAAGGACUAACGUUUAAGUAUUUUAAUCGAAUACGGAAUAGAGUUCCAAAUUUGGGCACCGAUUCUCGUGAAAAAGGCAUACAUUUUAUCGGUUCUAGAGAACUUAACAUAAAACGAGUCGCUAGAGACAGAUCUUGUUCUGUAGUUAUGAAUCUGACUUGUUUUAACGAACUGAUUGAGAAUACUAACUGGUGCUGUCUGUCUGUUGAUAUCAUACAAUAAAUAGCUACAAUCUCUGAAAAAUAUGCUAGGCAGGGGAAGGCAAUUUGAUUUGAGAAAGAAGGGUACGGGCGUGUUCCUUAGACUUACUGAAGUAAAUGAGACGUAAGGCCCGUUUUUGUAGAGUUACGAUCUUUCGUUGAAAUGUCAAGGCACAAUUUCCCCAACCACAAAUACCAUAAGUCAAGUAAGGGACAAUUAAUGAGUUGUAAACUGAAAGUAAAACACGACGCGGGACAUAAUGUCGAAUUUUAGCUAUAAUUCCUAUCGACUUGCUGAUUUUGUGACAGACAGAUUCGAUGUGGUAUUUCCAUGAAAGAUUUGAAUCAAUCAUUAAGCCAAGGUAUUUUACAUAAUCUUUCAUUUCAAGGUUUGCGUAGGUGUUAGUCACGGAGUCAAAAAUUCUAAUCCUAGGUAUGAAGGGCAUAUUCUUUUGCCGGGGACGAAAGAUUACAAAAUUUGAUUUUUUUAUGUUCAAGGACAGUUUGUUGGCCUUUAGCCAUUCGUUGACGUUGCCAAGCUCGCGAUUAACAAGUGUUUCGAAGUUCCUUUAGGUUGUUAUUUGCAAGUAUUAUACUAGUAUCGUCAGCAAAUAGAUAAAAGGCAAAUAACGAAGAGGACUUGUAAAUAUCAUUGAUGUACAGUAGGAAUAAGAGUGGUCCGAGGACUGAGCCUUGUGGCACGCCGCACAAGGUCGUUUCAGCCUCAGACACAACAUUAUUAACUUCCGUAGUUUGCUUCCGAUCAGUCAGGUAUGAUCUGAACCAGGAGUUUAUUACACCUCUAAUACCAUAAUUUUCAAGUUUAGCUAACAAAAUUUCAUGGUUAACAGUAUCAAAAGCCUUUUUGAGAUCGAUGAAAACACCGCACAAAAAUUUACCGUUGUCCAUGUUUUGGAGAAUUGUGUUAACAAUAUCAAGUACAGCAUGCUGAGUACUGUGCUUACUGCGAAAACCGUAUUGCUGAUCAUAGAGAAUGUUGCAAUCUUUGACAAACUUGGUAACUCUGGAGUACAUAAGUUUUUCAAAAAUCCUGUUAUAAAUCGAGAGCAGAGAAAUAGGUCGGUAGUUUUCGGCAGCGUGUCAUCUUCGUCCUUAAAUAUCGGGAUAAUCUUAGCACACUUUAGUUUAGAUGGAAAAAUCCUGAGCAAAUAGACUGAUUAAAAAUCGUAGCUAGAGGUACGGAUAUGACCCUUUUUGCUAAUUUCAGCAGCCUAACUGGAGAUGAGUAGAGACCAUGGGCCUUGUUGUCUUGUAAAACUGAAAUUUCUAAAUUGAUAUCUUCCGGAAUAAUAGGAUCAAAGAAGAAAGUGCGAUUAAGUGGCGGAUCUAAAUAAUCAUAGAAUGUAUUUAUGGUCUGAGGAAUUUUAGAAGCCAGUUUGCUCCCAACAGUGGCGAAAUAUUUGUUAAGAAUAUUGCUUAUUUCCUUGGUCACUAGUUGGAACCUCAUUCGGGUUUGAGCGAAUAGAGUUAGUUGAGUUGCGCUUUUGUUUUUCUUUUUACAGUUUCCAAUUAGCUCGUUAAUUCCUUUCCAAGUUUGACGAUAUUACAUAUGUUGAGAUCAAAGAAACUUUGGUAGUAGUUCGCUUUUACUUAAUCUCGUAAGAUAAAUGAUUUUAUUUCUGUAAAAUUUGUAUUUGUCACGGUCUGAGGUAUAGAAGAGGUUAUUCUUUACCCUGAUUGAUUUUCUUAAACCCGCCGUCAGCCAUGGUUUAGCAAGGAAUUUUUGUUUACGAUUGGAUAUACUUCUUAAAGGAGCGUGUUUGUUAAUUGUCUUGUUGACGCAUUUGUAAAACCUGGAAAACGAUUGAUUGGCAUCGAUAUGUUUGCAAAUAUUAUUCCAAUUAAUAUUCUGCAAGUCGUCAAUGAAAGACUUUGCAUUGAAGGUAGAAUAGUCACGAACCUUAGUUUUGUUGUUUGGAAAGAAUGGUUUACAGUGCGACGAUAAUAUGCACAUCUGAGAGAAGUGAUCUGUUGUAUCGGACACGAUAUUGCCGCUGACUAUAUUAUUCUCAGGAUUAUUUAUGAAAAUAUUGUCAAUUAAAGUUGCUGAAUUACCAUAGACAAAAUUAAAACUACAUUCACGAUCGCAUAUACGAGUUUCUGUAACACCAAUAAUAGUAAAACGGAAAUUCAUUUCACUUAAAACAUGAUGUUGAAAUUCUUCAAAAUUUUUCUUUAAGCUACGUAUAUUUGUAUGUAAAAAGGAGAUUUUUGAUUGCAACUGUUUGCUGUCAACAAACUGCGCAAAGCUGUGUGGGGAAUAAUAUUUUGAGCGUAUUUUGUUUGAGGUGAGAUUUAUAUCAGGAUCAAUAUGUUUAUCAAGAGAGUUUAGCUGGAAUACACUAAGGUCGUAGAGACUACUGAGAGAAUCUAGCAAUUUUCUAGAAGGUCGAUUAUCAUCAAUUAAACUAUUAAACUGUGGGUGGGCAGAAGUCAAGACUUUACAGUUAUAAUAUGGUAAUUGCGCCGAGUAAGGUCUUAUUCUCGAUCGCAAGCACUGUUUCUUUUUGUUUUUGUGAGAAGUCAUUUUUAUCGUGUACAAUAGACAUUUUUAGUAAAAUCUAACCUUCAAUGGCCAAUUUACGUUUAAGUUCGUCGAGGUCCGCCAUGCUCUUGAGCUUGAUUAUCCGCGAUGUGGAGUCUUUUAAAUAAACAAAUAACGGGCCCUUUGACCAGCAAUAUUGAUAGUGGAGCUCUUCUUUAACUUUUUAGCCUGGAAUAGGACUGCUUGCAUUCUUGGUGAAAGAUGGUCGUAAAUUCUGGCCGAAGACAAUGAAGACCCUUCUGGUAGACCAACCGCAGCUGGGGUUACAUUGCUAAUUUCUUUCCGAUGAGACAUUAGAGAUUCCUUAACCAGCCGUCUCACGAAUCUGCAGACUAUAGGCUUUGGAUUUCCGGCGUUGUUUCUUUGCGGGACACGAUGGGCAGUGUCAAUAUCUUGGAUUGAUAUAUUUUCUCCCAUUUCUUUAAACAAUUUUACACAAAGCUUACUUGUUGUUGAAGCCGCUUCGUCAGAACACACCUCGGGAACACCGACAAUUUUAACAUUGUAUUGAAAGCUAUAUUCUUGGAAUUCAUCGAUGGCGUUUGCAAUGGCGUCCACCCUGGCCUUGACCUGUGAGAGUUGUGAACUUAGUCGUUGCAGCUCUUUGUUGGCAGUGGUUUUGAAGAGAAGAAAGUCAUCAUAUUCCUUGCUUAGGAAUUCAAGGCUGUGAGAUUUUUCUUUAGCAGAAGGGGCGGCACUGCUGCUUUGUUGUUGAAAUAAAUCUUUUAGUCUUGAAAUCUCCUCCGUUAACGUUGAAACUUUAGAUUUGAGAUCGUUAUUUUCUCUCUUUAGGUUGGCAAUAGACUCAGGCAUAAUGUGACACACGAAACAAGAUAACAAAACAAAUAGAAAAAGGCAGAAGGAAGACUUAAACAUCAGAAAUUUACGAAAUGUUACGCGGAGCACUUAAACACGCGGCCGUCCAUCUUAACCACAUCACGUGAGAACCACAUCACGUGAUUAUUUCUGACGGUUGCUUAUGAAAUCCCAGCCAAUUUUCAACACUGCCAGUAGUGUACAUAGGUAUCCACAAAUAAAUUUACAGUUAUGUGCAUAUAAGGACAGAAACAAAAUGAUUACAACCAGUAAUUAAAAAACAUAACUAAAGUAAUGUAGUAGGUUGAGUCUGAUCAUCCGGGUGAACAUAGUCCUGAAUAGGACUGUUGUUGUUGACGGUGACUUACAUUUUGACAACCUGUGCAGUAGUCAUCUUCAGAGUCAAAGUUGACUACCGCACAGGUUGUCAAAAUGUCAAUCACUGUCAACAACAACAGUCCUCUUCAGCACUACGUUCACCCAGACGAUCAAACUCAACCUACUUUUGAUAUGACUCCUGGCUUCAAACCUUUCACAGUUUUAAAGUAAUGUAAGAAUCCCAAAUAGCUGAAGGCAAACCAGUUGCCGUGGUUAUUUAAAAACUUGGUUGAGUUGUUUAUCUCAGAACAAAUCCAGAACAAAUCCCAUCAGCAGUCAGCAGUUAGGGUGGGACUUGAACUCAGUUGCUACCUGAUUUUAAAGUCCAGUGAUCUAACAGUUAUUCUAGAAUUAAAGCAAAAAAGUAAUUUACAAUGUAUGUUUGUCUUCACCUGAAAAUUUUUCUCUCGAUUCUCAGCUCCUGGGUUCUAAAUCUUACUUUACAGCAUACUCCUUAAUCUGAGUGGCUACAGGUCAUAACCCUCAUGUAGUUAACUCUCGCCUUGCAGACACCCCAGUAUAAUGGACAACCUGAUAAUACGAACAUCAGCUAAAUCCCAAGCAAAAAUAAAUUUCAGAUGUUUGACCGAAAUAAACUCCUGCUAUUACGGACUCUUGCUAACUAGAAGUCCCAACAGUGUCCACCACAAAGGGAGUUGAAUGUACAUGUAGCACCACAGAAGAACUUAUGAAAGUCUCUAUUAAAUUCAUUGUGUUCUUAAAUUGUCUUGCAGCCAUGCCAUGUGGUAUAUACAGAUUUUAGACCAACUCCACUCCAGCAUUACAUUUAUCCUGCUGGUGGUGAAGGACUCUUUCUUGUUCAGGAUGAGAAAGUAGGUGACAAAAAAAUAGAUGCACAAAAUAUUAUUAGACUUAUAAACACAACUUUUGCAGUUGCGAAAAGAAAGCCUGAAAAAUUUUAGGUUUGAGCACUGGGAUUCAAACCCUCACCCAGGGUUCUCAAUAGAAGGCGGCACCCGGCGAUUGAUCGUCGCUUACUUUGGGAUUUAUAGCUGCUUACUUUGUGUUUAAGUCGCUUUUCUUUGCUUUGUUUUGACACCUCUGGCUUUGCUGAAGAGCCUCCUACUUUAUCAGUGAUCACCUCCUACUUAAAAAAUCUAUUGAGAACCCUGCUCACCAGGGGUGACAAACAGCAAGGUGCAAAAAUUACCUGACCUGUGUGACAAGCACAUGUACUUAGUCUUAACCUCCAUAAAGUGCAGGGCUGUCAUUAGUUUUUUCAGCAGGCAUAGAAAAUAAAGAUUCAGCCAUAGUGUCUUCAGAAAUUUUUAGUGUCACCUUACACAUGUAAGCUUCUGCUUUCCACUUUUGUCAAGUAACAUCAAGUGAGCUUUAAUAGCCGUAACAUGGGUUACGGGUUACAGCCUUAAAUGGCAGCCCUGAACUGUGCCUUAGUGUUCAUUUUUUUGUAUUUAUUAAUAAUAAUAUUACAUUGUAAUAGUUAUCGUUUUACUUUUUAGGGAGAGUUUCGUGAAGAAAAUUUUCAGAAAGCCAUGGCUGUAGUAAGGGAAGGAGGUACCGAUCCAGGUUCACAAAGAGGUCGAAAAGGAGGAACUAAAGGUACAUAUCAAUUAAUAUUACCAAUCUAGUUUAUAAUUGUGCAUGAUUUUGGCUUUGUUGCUGUUGUACAUGUAGUUUUUGUCUGUCACAGUGGUGGUUUCAUGUCAGCACAACUGGUAAGGACAGGGCUCUAUAAUGUGGCAAAGAGUCUGUUGAGCUGAGAACUACAGUAGAGUGCAUUCUGUAACCAUGACAACCCUGAGAGUGGCAUCCACUAAGCCACUGCAGUGAUUUUGUUACCUUUGUGCGCUGCGUCCCCCGAUACAUGAAAAUCCCCAAAGACACAAAAUAAUUCAUGGCAUGCGACCUGUAGGAAACAAAGAAUGAUCAAUCGCUUUAAAGAUUUUUUUGGUAGAAUAUCGUGUUUGUUUCAUUAAUUCUUUUUUCAGUGAGUUGUAAUAAAGAGUUUUGUCAUCUGUCUCCAGAUUAACUAUCUGGUUACAUAAGGGCCCAAGCAGUUUUAGUUAAGAACUCCUUGCUUUUUUUUUACUGGGACUCAUUGGUUAUGGACUGGGACUCAUGAUUUUUCACAAGAUGAGUCCCAGGACUCACCAUAACUAUUUGUAAUUGAGUAACUGCACUGUCGCCCUCCAAACCAGUGGAAACUUGACCUACUUACAUGUGUAUUGUAUAUCUACAUAAGGGUUGGGAGGGAGCAAAUCAUUAAGAAACAUGAAGAAGGUAAAGUUGAAAUAAACCUCCAUUGACUGUUGUCGCUAUUUUAUCAGAAUGAGUCAAUUACCUUCCAGCAGUUUGAUGCCUGGCCUUAAUAGUAAGAGGAAUCAUAAAUAUUCCCAAUUCAAAGGCACAAUAUUGUGAAUUUGUUUAAAGGAGCUGUGUCACGAAAUUCAGCCAAAUUAGAAAAUUACAAAAUGUCCGUUAAAUUAAGAGAAACAUAAAAAUAACCGCUUAAAACUUUAAAGGAAGGUUAAAAUAACAUACAAGAAACAACAGAUGCCACGGAUGGGCAAAACUGAAGAAGAUUGAAACGGAUUGAAAUGAGGGUUUUUGAAAACUGUUCAGCCUAACAGUUUUUCAAAGUUGAUCCCUGCUGCUUGCAACUUCAAAAAUAAUGCUCAGGAGACAUAUUUGUUUGUCUCGAUCUCUGACUUUGUCAUUUACAUGUAAUUUCUUUGCUUACUUUAAGUUCCAUAGCGACUGAGGGCGAGUAAUUGGCUAAAUUAAACAAAAUGAACUGGCCUGCCGUGACACAGCCCCUUUAACCACCCCAGUUGAUCCCAAACAAAUAACUAUUGGCCAACAUUGUUUUGAGUUUAACUUGCAGUGUAGCUUAUCGUAAAUUUCAUGUAGCCAUGUGAGGUUACCUGUUUCAUAACUGUUAAAUUUGAUUGCAGGUCCCUCAAACUGUUUCAGAAUCGUGAAAAUGAUUAUGGAGAGGAAUUUCCAGCCUGUCAUUAUAUUCAGCUUCAGCAAGAAAGAAUGUGAAGCCUAUGCUCUGCAGAUGUCAAAACUGGACUUUAAUUCAGGUCAGAAACCAAUAUCAAAGAUCAGCAUCUCAUUUCUCCUUUUAACAUCACCAGUGAAUAUAAAAAGUGAAUAUAAUUGAAUAUAAAAGUUGAGAGUCAGAAUGAAGGAAACCAUCAAGAAAGAAUAGAUGUAAAAAAUUAUAGUUACUUUGAUAAGCACCUGGGGCAAUGGUUCUGCUUUUGUGUAAAUUAAAUGGUUUGAGCCUAAAUUGUAGGGGUUGUUUUAUUAAUUUUUUUAAGUAAUAUUUAUUAUUGGCUCUCAGCCGUUAGCUUACAUGUUAAAUAAUUUAUUGGUAUUUUAUUUGUGGUGUCUUCAAAUCUUAUUCCUUUUUCCUCAUUGUGAAUAUUUUUAGCUCAAGAAAAGAAAUUAGUUGAGGAAGUAUUCAACAAUGCUAUUGAUUGUUUGUCAGAUGAAGAUAAAGCACUUCCUCAGGUUAGAAUACAUGCAAUGCUGGAUUAUUUUCCAUAAUAUUAACUUAGCUGAAUGUUUCUACCAGCAUAUAUACAGGAAAGUCAUUAGAUAGCUGAAGAGGUCUAAUAAUUUAAGCUGUCUCGUUUUAGGAUUUCAUUCAGUUUAAAAGUUAGAACUUCCUUUAUUGACAAAUAGGGGGAGGGUCUGGUGGGAUCUGACUCCCUCCCCUCCCCCAUAAAAAAGAGAAAGAACUCAUAGUUGGAGAAUUAAGCACAUGUAGUUGUUUAUUUUAGUAAGUGUUACAGAACUCAAACUGUUGUCACUGAAGAAUUACAUAUACAAUGUUUUGUGGCUUACAGUGGAUUUAAGAUUUAAGAAGCAAACAAAGUAGAAUUUUACCCGGAAACCACAUUCAUUUAUGUGUAAGUAAUGCAAUAUUCCAUUUUAUUAAUUUUAGGUGGAACAUGUUCUGCCACUGUUGAAACGUGGCAUUGGUAUCCAUCAUUCUGGGCUGCUCCCUAUUUUGAAAGAGACAAUUGAAAUUCUCUUUUCAGAAGGUUUAAUCAAGGUUGGUCAGAUUGAUUUGCAUUCUAUAUAGUGAUGACCUCUGACAAUGAUCCAUAUCUAGCAUUCAGAGAGCUGAUGCUGGUCAAUUUCAUUGGUUGAGAGCGACGUAAAAUUCCGAAAAUAAGCCCCAGGGCUUAUAUUUUUCAAAGGCCCUUUUUGAGGGGCUUAUUUUUGGAGGGGCUUAUCUAUGGAGGGAAAUAUGCGUCUCAAAAUCGAUUGGGCUAGCCUUAUAGUUGGAAGUAAAUUUACUGUUUUUGCUUUGUUUUACUUAGUAUUUGCGGGCAAUUUUCCAAGUACAAGCUCCAAGGGGGCUUAUAUUUGGAGGGGCGAUUUAACGGAGGGUUUUUUGAGUUACCGGUUUGGGGGGCUUAUAUUUGGAGGGGCGAUUUAACGGAGGGUUUUUUGAGUUACCGGUUUGGGGGGCUUAUAUUUGGAGGGGCUUAUACAUGGAGGGGCUUAUUUUCGGAAUUUUACGGUAUGAUCAAUAAGAGUAUAGACCAUGAAAAUUACUUAAUUUGUUUUCUCUUCAUCAUGCGCACAAUUUUCUGAGAAACUUCAAUGUAAAUGGAUGUCAUUAACUGACGUUAUUGUAGAAAACAAUUCAACAACAAUUUUGGAUGGUUUAACUCUUAUCGACCGUAGACAUGACAUCAAAUUGUUCAAAACUUUGCAGUGAAACCACUCGCCUGUGGUUCUUGGUUCCACUUGAGUUUUGAACAUGUUGACAUCACUUCUAUGGUCGAUAAGAGUACAGACCAUAUGUUAAUGAUAUAUGAAAUAAAUCAUAUAUGACCUGUGGAAAUGAAAUGAAGAUGAAGAAAUGAUCGUCGCAGUGAACACAUUUAUGCAAUUGUUUAAAGAGGCCUGAAAAAAAAAAUUCAGGACUUCAAUGGGGUUUGAACCCCUGACCUCGCGAUUACCGGUGAUGCUCUACCAACUGAGCUAUGAGGCCACUGACGUUGGGAGCAGGUCAAUGGUGGGUUCGUAUGUUCCCGUGAAAGAAAUGAGUGUUAAUGAUAUGUGAAAUAAAUCAUAUAUGAACUGCGGAAAUGAAAUGAAGAUGAAGAAAUGAUCAUCGCAGUGAACGGAUAGAAAAUUGUUGUUGAUUUGUUGUUUGGACACAAAUCCUUACUGUUCUACACCUUUCCAUUUCCAGACCAAGAAAAAAAAACAUUUUCAGUUGUUGUUAAUCGAUGUACAAGUCAUGACAUGAUUAUUUCAGGCUUUUUAUUAACAAAAAGAUUAUUUUGUUUUUUUCUUCUGUCAGGCCUUGUUUGCUACAGAAACAUUCGCUCUGGGUCUUAACAUGCCUGCAAGGACUGUUGUGUUUACAAAUGCUCGGAAGUUUGAUGGAAAAGAUUUCAGAUUUGUUAGUACCAUUAAUUUAACAUUUUUGUAUGGUCAUCGUCAUUGUUUUUAUCAUAAUAAUUAAUAUCCAAAUUAAUGGUGGGUACUUGUAAGAGACUUUUUAUGUGCAGUUUCCAGUUUCAGUGAAGUCUUUAUAGUGACUUGUGGGAGAGUUUCCUAGCAGCCUCUCUGCUCUCAGCUCUGGGUCUUAACAUGCCUACAAGGACCAGUUGUGUGAACAAUUGCUUAGAAUUUUUAGGAGUGACCCAUGACUGGGUGCAAUCAUUUUAUUGCAGCCUUUUGCUGUAGAGGUCUUGGCCUAAGGCCAACCCUGAAGCAUCCUGCCCCACACAAGAUAAAACCUCUGGCUCCCAAGGCAGAUCUGGACUUACUCUAUUUUUUUGUUUGGUCUUUAGAUAACAUCUGGUGAAUACAUUCAGAUGAGUGGCAGAGCAGGAAGACGUGGUAUUGAUGACAGAGGGAUUGUUAUUCUUAUAGUGGAUGAGAAGAUGGGACCGGAUGUUGGUAAAGGACUCUUAAAGGUAUCAGACAAGUACAGAAUACUGGUUAACAUAAUUAAUUUUGUGAUACUCAACAAGUCAUGGAGUGCCCCUCACAUAUCAUGUGAGAAUUUGAAUUGAUCUUUUUAACUUUGUUUUUAGGAUUUUACCCACCCAUAUAAUGCUCACUACAAGAAUCAGGUGUCAAAUCUUGGGACUGAAUAGUGGUUUACGUUUUAGUGUUAUUGUAUGGGCAUGUACCAAUCAUGAAUGCAGUCAACAGGCAAAGGUUUAAAUGAGUCUUUGCUUUUAAGCUUGAUCUGUUAUCCUCUAAAUUAAAGCUGAUCAUCAAAGGUUUUCAUCAAAGGUUUGAGUGUCAGCAAAAAAUAACUUCUUUUUAUAAUAGUAAUAAUAAUUUAUGAAGUUAUUGUGUGCGGCUUAACAUGAGAAUGAUCAGCUGCGCAUUACAACUACAUUACUUUACCAGAAACAAAUAAAAGAUAAUGCAUUUAAAAAUAAAACCUUAAUAAGCAUUUUUUUCAAUACUUCUUACCAAGACAUGAACAUCUUUAUAUGACUGAGCUAAUUUGUGUAGAGGUACAAAUGUUCCCGGACUGCUAAAGUAGAGUCACUUGCAAUACUCUUGAAAUCUUUUAUCAGACUCUUGCAAAGAUAAAAUGAGAAUUGUAAUAACUAUGUAAAUACUGAAAUGGGAGAUGAAGGUUCUUUCAUUAAUGUUCUUUGUUUCCUGACCCAGGGCCAAGCAGAUCCUCUUAACAGUGCAUUCCAUCUGACAUAUAACAUGGUGCUGAAUCUGCUACGUGUGGAGGAAGUUAAUCCGGAGAUCAUGUUGGAAAAAUCUUUUUACCAGUUUCAAAACUAUGCUUCAGUUCCAGGCAUGAUUGACAGUAAGUGUGUUCAACUGUUUUGAAGAUUUUUGAAUGGUGGACUUCUUGAUUUUAAUCUUUAUAUAAUAUAAUUAUAGUAUAAUUAUAGUUUAUUUUGGUUCAUUAACUUCUUUCCAAUGUAUUCUUUACUUUCCAGAAUGUAACUGACAUCUCAGCCAGGGCUUAAGCCCUUUGGUCAUAUUCCACCUACAUCUUACAAAGCACUUGUAUUUAAAGCUAAAUACAUUUAUUUAAAGCUAAGCUCAUGGUACAACACUUGUUACAUCAUAUCCUAAGGAGUUAGAUUACAGAAUAUCACAAUAAUUUUUAAGACUCUGGAUAACACUGAACUUUAUCUUUAAAAAUUAAUCUCUUACAAGAUACUGUAGAUCAUAGUUACCUACGGGUUGUGUCACAACCUCAUAAGAUAUUACAGUUAUGAACUUUCAGAACAGUGAAUGCCUUAACAUGUACUGUUAACAGCUCACUAAAUUAAAGGCUUGGAUUUUAUAUUUAUUAGCAAACCAAAAUAACCUUUAACUACAAAACACUGAAUACUGUCACAAAAUACGAAAUAACAAAUGUCACCAUGUACUGCUACCACCAUAGGAUUUCAUGUGUCCUAAUCUGAAAUUAUUUUCCAGAACUAAGAGAACUGGAAGUUAAGAGGGAUGCAUUUGAGAUCCCUAAUGAAGAAUCCAUCACAGCCUACUACAAAAUAAGACAACAGCUGAAGAGACUGGGAAAUGACAUGUUGGUGAGUAUCUGAUUAUUAUGUUGUCAGAAAUUUGUAAGGGCCUUGCUGAAAGGGAAAUCUGUGUGAUUUUUUUCUUUUUUCUUUUUUUUCAGAGUUUUAUUCACCAACCCAAGUUUUGUCUGCCAUUUAUGCAGCCUGGACGAUUAAUUCAGGUAAAAAUGAUGCAAAUUGUUGGAGUGCGUAAUGCAAGUGCUGGAUACUGUCAUUAGUCACGGGAUAGUAUUCUCAUUGAUAAACCUGUUCUUUAAAAAAACGUUUAAAAAUCUCCAAAUCUUUAUUAUUAUACAAGUAAAACCUUCAGUACUUACAGGAACUAAAAUGAAAUUUAAAAAUUAAAAAGUUUCAAAACUUAAAGUACUAUCCACAUUAAUUUGUGUUAAUAAUACUUGCUUUAAUACAUCCCAUAUUAUAGGGUAACUACUUUGUUUGGUUACUUAAACGUUUCAAAGAUUCUUUCAAGGGGCUGUGUCACGGCAGUCCAGUUCAUUUUGUUUAAUUUUCCCAAUUACUCGCCCUCAAUCACUAUGGAACUUAAAGUAAGCAAAGAAAUUACAUGUAAAUGACAAAAUCAGAAAUUCGAGACAAACAAAUAUGUCUCCUGAGCAUUACUUUUUGAAGUUGCAAACAGCAGAGAUCAACUUUAACAAACUUUAAGGCUGAACAGUUUUCAAAAACCCUAAUUUCAAUCCAUUUCAAUCUGCUUCAGUUUUGCCCAUCCGUGGCAUCUGUUGUACCUGCUGUGUUAUUUUAACCUUCCUUUAAAGUUUUAAGUAGUUAUUUUUGUGUUUCUCUUAAUUUAACUGGCAUUUUGUAAUUACCUAAUUUGGCUGAAUUUCGUGACACAGCUCCUUUAACUCUUAACGUGUUCUAUAAAUCUGCCAUUGCCCUGAAAAGCAAUUGCUAAUAGUUAUUAAUUCUUUGCAUUUUGUUAAUUUACAACGCAUACAGUUAGUACUCUUUAGUACCAUGCAUCUUUUUCACUAAAUCCUUCUCUUGUAAGAUGGUAAAUGAUGACAAUUUCAUAUUACAUCGCCUUUUCACAGGUUAAAAGUAACAGUGACGACUUUGGCUGGGGUGUGGUACUCAAUUUCCAAAAGAAGGCAAAUCAAAAGGUAAACAAAAAACUAUGCAAAUAAGUAAAGAAAAAAUUGUCUCUAGGAUUGGCAGCCACUUAUGGGAGGUGGUUGCUUACAAGAGGUGGUCGCACAUGGAGGUUCGACUGCAUCAUGCAAUUAGUGGUCAGGGAAUUGAACAGCUAGGAGCACUUUUGGUUCUGUUUUCCCUUUGUUUUCAGUGAAAUUGGCUUGGGGUGGGGUGGAAUUCCCUGCCUUUGGCCUGGCUGUGGGUGUGGGGAGGGGUGGGUGGUGGGGAAUUCCCUGCCUUUGGCCUUAGUGGCAGUCCUUCAAGUAACUGUUACUUCAAACUGCUACUAGGGUUGAAGUUAAAAUCUUGAUGUUAAUUUCUUCUCACUGUCAGUUUAUUUCAGUAUUAAUCGUAAACCUGAUAAAAUAUAUAGCUGAUUUGGGGUGCUGAUGUUUAAAAAAAGUGUUUAAAGUUUGAACGCUUGUUUAUAGUGGAAAAUGUACUCAACUUAUCCAGCUAGUUUGCAAGCACUUCACUCAAAUACAAACCCCAACUGGCAAGAGGCAACCAGUCGGCUAUUUACAAACGUGGCCGAGGAUUUGAACUCAGGAUGACCAAAAACAAAUCCAGCAAGUCGCCAAAGUGGAACUUGAACUCGGGGCCGCUUGAUUGCGAGUCCGACGCGCUGACCACUCAGCCACACUGCCUCAUUGUAUUUAACCCUUUAAGUCCCGAUAGUGACCAACAGCAAUUUUCUCCUAACGAUAUCCAUACAUUAUCAUGAGAUUAGGUUAUGAGAAUUAAUAAAAUGAUCAGAGAAAAUACUUUGAUCUUUUAUCAAAUUCUCUUAACUAAUUCUUAAGGGAAAUGUAUAGAGAUCAGUUUGGAGAAUUUGUAUUUGGAUAUUGGGGCUUAAAGGGUUAAGCCUUAAGCCUUCUUCAGGUUAGAGUUUCAUUAUGCUUGUAAUAUUGCAUUUUAACAGAGUGGUCCAACCCAAGGAGAGACUCUGUUCGUUGUGGAGGCAUUACUGAAUUGUUCUAGUAAAUCUGUCAAGUCAGCUGAUGGAGAGACACCUCAGCCCUGCAGACCUGAUGAAAAGGGAGAAAUGCAGGUUAGAUACUGUCAAUCAUCUUUCACCCGUAAACUCAUUCUCUGUUCAUUGACCAAAAACUGGAUUUUUUAGAAUGCUGCAAAACUAAUAGUACUACCAAAGAGGUUUCAUCUGAAUGGUCAACACCACCACCACUAACAACAUAACUUUAUUGUAAGAAUUAACUUAAUUUAUUAUACUGACCUGCAGGUAGCAAAGGCUAAUCUAGAAAGGGGGGGGGACAGAAGAUCAACUGAGGGUUAGGGUUUAACUGUUUUGAAUAAAUAUUGUUACAUAGAUAAAUUUUCAAUUGAUAUUAAUACUUAAAGACAGAGUUAAGGAAAGGAUUGCAUGAGAGGUUCGAGAUAAAAAUCAGUUGAAACUUUAAAGACACUGUUAAUUAUUUAGCCAACGUAGGGUUAAGUCCACAGACUCAAAAGAUAGAAUCAUCCUACAAGACUGUAUCAUUCACUCUGGCAGUGAAAAGGUUAAACCAACUUGCAUCAAAAGGUAGCUCUCACAGUUUUAGAUUUUUGUCCUUAAAUUAUUGGAUCAAAAGGUGUCUUUGAAAUGUCAAGUAGUCAAACUGACCGUUCACAUGAGUAGUAUUUUCCAGUUGUACUGUUUAUUGCAGUGUACAAGGUUGUUCUAACUAUUGAGUCUGUGGAUGAAAUCUUGUAGUGAGAUCAUUCAAUGAAAGUUACUGAGCAGUACUUUCCUGUUGCACUGUUUAUUGUACUGCACAAGGUUGCUCUAACUGUUACACUGUGGAUGUAAUCCUAAAGUGUGACCAUUCCAACAAAAGCUGCCGAGCAUUGCUUUCUUGUGGUACUGUUUAUUAUGCUGUACAAGUUGGUUCUGUACUUUUGGUAAGUCUGCAGGUUAAAACUGCCCUGGGGUGUGACCACUCAAAUGAAAAAUGCUGAGAAGUAUUAUCCUUCGGUGCAGCUACUAAUGCCAUGCGUAUAUCAAACAUUGUUAUUUUUUUUAUCUUUUUUAUAUAUAUUCAGGUGGUCCCCAUCCUGUUACAUCUUGUUAAAGCCAUCAGCAGUGUGAGGUUAUACAUCCCUAAGGAUCUUAGAUCACCUGACAGUAGGCAGAGUGUCGGCAAGUCUAUCAAGGUCAGCACUUAAUAUAUGUAGUGAUCAGAUUGAAAUUUUCAGGAAUCAAGUUGUAGCGGUAUUUUUGCGCUAUCAUACAUUCGCCCCAUGUUACUCAUCCCGAUUAGGAUUAGGGAAUCCGGGAAAUUUUUGCGUGUGUAAUCUGGAAUGCAGGAAAUUAUUUAUUGUGGAAUCCAGAAUCCAAGUUCCGCUGACAAGGAAUCCAUAAUCCGUUACCUGGAAUUCCGAAUCCACAGCAUGGAAUCAAGAAUUUGAUUAUCUUACCUGGAGCGACUAUUUAUUUAUUUUAUUUAUUCAAUGCUGACAGGAAGUAAAGCGUCGCUUUCCAGAUGGCUUGCCUUUGCUCGAUCCAAUAGAAGACAUGGGAAUCAAAGAUGAUGGAUUGAAAACUGUUAUUCGGGUCUGUAUUUCUCCUAUAGCAUUUGAACCCGGCUGACUGCCACAGUCGUCAUUGAUUGCUGGAGUAUGGAUAAGUUGCGUGUGUGUGUGUGUUUGUGGAGGGUGGAAGGGAUUUGCAAUGUUUUGCAACAACAGCGAUCGAUUGUCAUUAAACUGUCAACCAAUUUGUGAUAACCUUGAGAGUUCAUACUUACGAAAGUAAUCUCUAUUCUGUUGGCCGAGUGUCGUUGAACUGUUGGUCGACUGUCUGUUGUCAGAUGGCCAACAGAUUUUUGGGGGAGCUGUUUUUUUUACCCUGAAGGUGAGGAGGCAGGGUAAAAUAUAAAACAAUUCUCGUUGGCGUAACUUGGUGAAUAGUAGGAGGGGCGGAGAACACCUAAAAAAGACCUUUUGAUAUUUCAUCCAUGGUCCUCAAGGACUCACAACAGCGCAGACACGAGAAAAGGGCGACAAGCGCAGAAUUUUUUAACUUUUGUCAGCUUUGUCUUAUCAUAUGUUGUUCUUUCUUUGUUUUGCCUACAGAAAAUAGAGACCUUAGAACAUCGUAUGUACACUCAUCCCCUACACAAGGAUUCCUCAUUGGAGUCAUUAUACAGCUUAUGCGAGCAGAAAGCAACAGUGAGUCUUUUUCGUCUGUGUUCGUUAUUGUAUUAUAUUCUUUACACUUCUAAUGGUGCCUCUUUUUUACCAAUGCUUCUGAUAGGGUGUUUCGUGUUUGCCAACAAUGUUACUGGGGUACUACUUGUUCACCAACAUUGUUCAUGGAGCGUUACAUGUUGGCUACUAAUGUUAUUAGGGGUGUUAGUUAGUGUUAAUGUAGUUUAAACAUGUUGUUCAACGAUUGUGGUACGGUGCCACGUGUUGGUAAACAGUGUUGGUAUUGUGUUACGGGUUGGCAAACAGUGUGGACAUGGGAUUACCUGGCCUUGCGAAAACUGGCGACAUUUUGCGACGCCACUAAUGGCUUCCUCGCAAAAUGACAUUUGCGGGACAAGCGCGGAAAUUCCAUACUGAUGACUACCCAGAUCUGAGAAGUGCUUCUGACUGGUUGAGGCAAAUUUUCGAAUACUGCGUAUUGAUUAUGGUGGAGAAUUUUUAGGGCUUGUUAUUGAAUUUCUUUUUACUCUUAUUAGAUCAAUGCUGAAAUCAAGACGGUGAAGAAAGAACUUAAAAGAACGAGAACUGUUUUACAGCUGGACGAACUCAAAUGCAGGAAGCGAGUCUUAAGAAGGUAUUCAUGCAACACGUACCGUAACGUUGUUCUUUUUUCUUGUUAUGUUUUAAUAAAUUCAGUAUUUUUGCUUAGACAAGAGCUGAAUUGUUGCCUGGCACAGGCUUUACAAGCUGUUUUUCCACUUAUAGGCACGCUCAUAAUCAUUACAGUAGAUGAGCAUAAGGUAAAUUUCUGAGGGGUGGGAAGGGAGGGGCUAUACAGACCAUGGCUAAGAGGGGCCCGGCCUCGAAAGUGUUUCUUUUCAUCCCUGCGUGCUUCAGUUUGGCCUUAUAAACAGGUGGUGGCUUGAUAAAAGCUGAUUAUAAUUAUACCUCUUCUGUGUGGUAGGUUGGGUUAUGCAACUGCUGCUGAUGUUAUUGAGUUGAAAGGACGCGUGGCCUGUGAACUUAGCAGGUUGGUCAAAACGUCUUUACAGUGCUAAACUUUAAAAUUCAAGAUAAAAUGUCCAUCUCUUUCAUUAAAAUACUGUGUAGUACAUGGUAAAAGAGCUCGUGAAGUAGUUUUACUUUAAUGUUCACGCCACAGGACUUUAUCCACAGGCUCGAAAGAAAAAAUUUACAGGCCUCUUGUACCAAGUGUCUUUUUUAGUAAACUACAGCUACUUGUAAAGAACUCAAUAGAUAAACUGGUUGAAAUUACUCGUAUUAAAUGACAUGUAGUGCUGCUAAGUAUCUGUUGUGGUUCAAUUUUAUCCUUGGUUUUGGGGUAUGGUAAUGUAUGGUAAUGAGUUUGAAACAAAGGAAAAUAAAAUUGAACCACAACAUCUACUCGUAGUACUUCACUUACAGUUUGUAACCUCCAGUUUAUUCAUUGAUGUAUUUGUUAAACUAAACGGCCAAUUUUUUCGCGCUCAGUUAACAAUGAAACUUGUUGUAUUUUUAAUUUGGUACACUUAGGACAACCUUUACUAACCCUGCCUCUUUGUUGGUGUCAAGGGGUGCAGGGCUUAUUAGCGGAAAGUAUAUUUAUUUUUUUUUGUAUGUGUUUGGUCUGCAGUGGUGACGAGUUGUUGCUCACGGAGAUGAUCUUCAAUGGAGUGUUUAAUGAUCUCACAGUUCAGCAGUGCGUAGCUCUUCUGAGCUGUUUUGUAUUCGAAGAAAAGGUAAACUGUAGAGUGAGCAGGAAAGUUAUGUUUAAUAGUCCGUGCAAUUUGGCUUCUGUCAAAUUAUUUAAGGCCGUGUAUCUUCACUGUGUAACGCAUGAAAAAAUGUUUGUGGGGAACGUUCUGCUCAACAGAUGGCUUUUAUUUGUAAAUGUCUACGCUUUUGGCUGUCGUCUACAAGGCCAAACGUUUAACCCCUUGAACUAUUGUUUUUGGUAGAGCUACUUUUUUUUAACAAGGUUAUUUACAAGGUUGCCUUACCGGAUUUCUUAACAGUAUCCAUAUGCCCUUAAUAUUAUCUAUAGACUCCUCACUUUUUAAAUUCAUUUUCAAAAUAGAGUGAUGAGAUGCCUAAAUUAACUGAAGAGUUGGCCGGUCCUCUUAGACAAAUGCAGGUAUGGAUGUUCCACCUAUUCCUCACCACUAUCGGUAUCCUUUCUUAUCAGCUUUAUGGUCAUCAUCGUCAUCACCGUCAUGGUCAUCGCUAGUUCCACCACCACCACGGCCAUCAUGACCGUCAUCAUCAUCAGCAUCAUCGCCAUCAUCAUCAUCAUUAUCACCGCCACCACCACCACCAUCGCCAUCUUCAUCAUUUCCUGAUUGCUGUCCUCAUAAUCACUCUUCUAUCUUUGCUAUUCUCAUAGUGACGCUCCUUUUCUUCCCCUUUUAUAUUGGCAUCAUCAUCUUUACUAUGAUCUCCGUCCUCAUAUUUCGGCUCAUUAUCCCAUCAUCGGUAGUCUUUACACUAGAGCCUAAAUAAGCUAAGAAAUAUUUCAAGACAAGUAAAUUUUAAUUACUUCAAGUAAAAUAAAGCUUCACACACAACCGAUUCUUUUUUACUUCAGGUCAUUUUCCCACGCAACAAAAUUAAGAUUGAUUGACAUGUCUCGCCUUUCUCAAAGCUCAAGAAACCGCAAAACCGCAAGUCAGCUAAGUCGGUCGGCCGUCGAUAAAACCCGGAACACGGAACAUUCCGGAACAUGCCGGAACAUUCCGGAACAUCCCGGAACAUCCCGGAACAUGAAAAAAUAAAAAUAAUUUUCAUGAAAAAAAAUAUAAUAAAAUAAUAAUAAUAAAAUAAUUUUUGUAAAAAUUAAUAAUAACGUAAAAUAACAAAAGAAAAACGAAAAAUAAUCAAUUAAUCAAGAAAAAGAAACUGAUAUCCUCUGUGAGUAUGAGAAAACAAUAUUUUGUCGCAACAAAUUAAAAUUUGUUGGGCGAAUGAGGGUUCAUGCAAAUGACAGUAACGAGUGAAGGUUUGCUUCUAAAUUCAAAAUAUAUUAAAAUGGGUCGCGAGGAGGGGGGGUUUUUAAGCUUUCCUCACACAGUUACCUGUUGUAAUUGUUUGCCGUGAGUUAAUUAUUUGGCGGUUAUCCAUUUACGGUUCUGCAAUGGUCUGAAAUGUACCUGCAGUAUUUCAUGUCAAGCCAAGUCGGUAAGUACAGGGCUGCAAAUAACGGCCGGUCAACGGACAAUGUCCGGCCUGAUCGUGGACUUGACCGGUCAAACUCCGGUCUUGCCGGUCAUUUUGACCGGUCAUUUUUGGAGAUAAACAUUUUAUUUUCAAUAGAGUUGUCGCUUAAUGCUCUAUAACGCUGCAAUGAUUUCUUUUUUCUUUGGCGUUUUUUGCUGCUUUGCACUAAACCCUUCUAAGAAAAAGAACACCGCAAUAAAUUAAUUUCAUGUCGUCAUGUCAUAAUGAAACGCAACAAAGUGAAUAACAAACUGAGUUAAAAAGUAACGCAACGUUGCAAGUCGAACUGUACUUUCGGCUUUGGUGUAAUCAGCAAUGUGACCUUCUUCACUUCUUUGGGAAUUCGAAGGAAUUCAGGCAAAUCGAUUGCAAUUCUCAACAGGUCGUCCCGUGUUUCUCCGGAAAUAAAUGUUAGCGCAUCGAUUAAUAAUAAUUUCUUUUAUGUCGAACAUGAAUCUCGUUUGCAGACUCGAUUCCAGAAUGGUCUGAUAAAAAUUUAAGCUACUCAAGGGGGAAGGUCGUCGUCUAUCGCGGCGCUAGAUUCUCGUUCUUGUAAACAACUUUAUGCAAAUUUCUUUUGACAUUUGAGCCCUUCGCGAUAAAAUGUUGCGCGAUGACCCAAAUUUAUUUAUUGACUUCUGAUCAUCAACACGCUGUUUGUGGAACAAACUUCUCGCCAAUGCAAAUCAACUUCUUUGCCGAAAAUAUCAGCGACGAUUCUUCUUUGAGAAAGUGACUUUCGAUCACGUGCCAGGCAAGGAAAAAGAUCAAGUUUCACCGAUGUUCAUUUCGGAACAUCAACGUAAAACAAGCGUGUGCAGAUUUUGUAAAAUAACCCAAUUUUUUGGUUUUUUUUUUUCGUAAUUUCUAAAGUUUGCUGAACUGUAUGUGUAUUCCAUUUCCUGAACCUUGGGAGUUUGAAAAGGAUUUACACUUCACUUUUUACCUCAAGAGACUUCAGACUCCGCCAUGCAAUGAUACUCAAGGUAGAACGUAACACGAAAACGCGAAAACCGCGGAAAGGAACUCUACAACGUGCGAAUGCAUUUUUCACCAAUUUGCUGUCAAAAAUGUGAACGUCAAUGUAGUAAUAACGAUCUAUUGCCAGCAUAAUUGGAUAUUCCUUAGGCAAAAAAAAAAAUUAUUAGUAUUCAUUAUUUGACCGGCCAGAAUCGGGGUUUGUCCGGGCUAAAGAAUAUUUGGCCGGUCAUCAUGACCGGCAACCUGCUGUCCGUUAUUUGCAGCCCUGUAAGUAGCUCAUUUCAAGCCAACAUAUAGUCUCCUUAUUUAUAACCGACAUUUGCUUACUUGAGGUGCUUUGCUUUCUUUGAACAUGAAUUACUUACAGACUAGGCGGCUCUGUGAACUUAAGAAGAGUAUAGGGGCUCCUGUCUUUGGAUUUUAGUGGACAAUACUCACAUUCGUAGUAGUUUCCCUGAUACUGUUUACAGUCAGCAUGAUAUUUCAGACGUCUCCUCUAGUCGCAGGAGGAGUUUGCGGGGAGACGGCUAAAAUUCAGGCCAACUGAUAACAGUUAGAAACUACCGCUGCGCUAUCACUGCCACUGCAACUAUUCACGGUGAAUCUGAAUCUUUAAUUUAAUUAUCCAAGUCCAAAGCGACAAGCCCCUAAGCUCUUCUUUCGGUCGCAAAGCCGUAAAUGGAUAAUGUUAAACCACAUGGCAAACCUUUACAAGAGGUGGCUGUGUGACGAAAGCCUGAAAACCCUCUCCUCGCGACCCAUUUUAAUAUAUUUUGAAUUAAGAAGCAAGCCUUCACUCAUUAGGGUGACCAGGGUGAGUAGGAUGACUGGGGACUGUCAUUUGAAUGGACCCUUACUCGCCCACCGCAAAAAAUUCAUUGCAACAAAAAAUUGUUUUCUUAUACUCGGAGAUGAUACCAGUUUCUUUUUCUUUCUUUCUUGGUUUGUUUCUUUAUUUUUCGUUUUUAUGUUAUGUUAUGUUAUUUAUAUUUUGUUAUUAUAAAUUUUUGCAAAAAUUGUUUUCUAUCUAUUGUUCCUUUUAUUAUUUAUUAUUAUUAUUAUUAUUAUUAUUAUUAUUAUUAUUUAGUUAAUUAAUCAUUUUUUCAAAAAAAAAUAUUUUAAUUUUUUCAUGUUCCGGGAUGUUCCGGAAUGUUCCGGAAUGUUCCGGAAUGUUCCGGGAUGUUCCAUGUUCCGGGUUUUAUCGACGGCCAAGUCGGUCAUAAGGAUGGUUUUCAAGUCGCUUGAAACUUUCUUGAAUCGUUUCAACUUUCUGACUUUAAUGAGAUGCAAAGCAAAGUUACUUGAGAUUUUACUUAGGCCUUCACACACGAAUUUUUGGUUAAGUAAAACUUAGCGGCUCUUAAGUCUUACUUAACAGCCUAUUGUAAAGACAACCAUCGUCAGUCAAUUUCACGUCCUUUUACUUCUCAUCUUCCUCCUCGUGCUACUUUUCACCUUCAUUAUCAUCAUCAUCAUCAUCAGCCUUUUUGUACUCUCCCUAAUCAUCCUUAUUGUCGCCAUCAUAUUCACCAUCGCUUUCAUCCUUUCAGUCAUUCCUAGUGUCUUGACACUAAAAUAUGUAAGGUUAACUAUGCUAUGAAAUGUCUUCCUUUCCUGUAGGAGUCAGCCCGUCGUAUUGGAAAAGUAUCAGAAGAAGCUAAACUUGAGAUUGAUGUGGAGACCUAUGUAGAAUCCUUCAGACCUAACAUCAUGGAUGUGGUGUUUGCCUGGGCCAAUGGCGCGUCUUUUUCACAAAUCUGUAAAAUGACUGACGUGUUUGAAGGUAAUUACAUAGUUUCUGGUUCUUAAAUAUUUUUCCAGAGCAGGAAAAAUGGGAUUAUAAGAUUUAAAGCGAAAAAUUACUAUUCAUCUGAUUAUAGUUUUGGCUGAAAUAUGAGGGAAAAACUGGUUAUAAUUGUCAAAGAACGUAUGAGAAAAAGGUAAGAGUGGUUUGACUUACUUGUGCGUGGCAAAGAUAACCAAGGUCGACUUGUGGCGCAUGGAAAAGGCUUUAUCUUGACGUGCCUUUUUAAGUCUCAUAAUUCAUACACGGGCAGUCGGUGUUUUUCUUUUUGAUCAUUUUAACCUUUUAAACUUUCUGUAAAUCACUGUUAUAUUGACUGAAAUCUUCCUGAUAAAGUUUAUUAUUAUUAGUGUUAUUAUUAUUAAUUAUUAUUAUUGAUAAUUACUAAAAGAUGACCAAAGGUGAAUACCCAAACCAGAAACCACUAACUAAUAACUGCGACUCUGACGAUCAGCUCUUGAAUACAUUUUCUUUUUGUGUGUUGUAGGAAGUAUUAUCAGAUGUAUGCGUCGCUUGGAAGAACUCUUGAGACAAAUGUGCCAAGCCUCUAAAGCCAUUGGCAACACAGAACUGGAAAAUAAAUUUGCAGAAGGUGAGAACCAGGCCCUCUUUAAAGCGGCUAUGUCACGCGCAGGUUUCAAGUUUGUUUUUGAAAACAUCGUCAGCUUAAAGGGACUCUCUCAGGGGGGUAUUGCUGUUUUAGGUCAGUUCUGUGCUGAAGUCAUUGCUUAGUGUCUUCACCCAUACACAAAAUGCUCGUGUAGAGUUGUGAAGAAAAUAUCAAACGGAUUUCAUCAGGCAGUGCUAACCAUAAUAAGUUUUUGGUGAUACUUGCCGCUAUAGGUUUCAAUCCAUGUCCAUCUUUGCUAUCCGUUGCAACAAACAAAAAGAAAGAUUUUCAAUGCCAAAAUAUAGACUUAAAUAACAAAACUGGACCAUUGUUGUCCGAAUUAAAUUGAUGAGAAACACGUUUUAGCUGUUUGGAAGAUAGCAAGAAGCGUGACUAGCCCUGGUAUCGAUAUUAGUUUGACAUUACACGGCUUCAUUUCAGUUGUUUAUAGUAGACGUUUAUAAAUUGUGAACCUUAAACAUCUUCUAACAAGUUUUCCAACGAUGUUUUAGGCAUCAUCAAAAUCAAGAGGGAUAUUGUGUUCGCAGCCAGUUUGUAUCUCUGAGAUAUGGAGACGAAUGGAUGAUUGGGUGUCCUGUGGACGCUUCUUUCCCGAAGAUGGCUUACGGCUUCAGGGCGGAAAAAGAUCGGCCAAGACAUCUCCGAAGUAGAAACCUCAAGGGUGACUUAAACCGUGGGAACGAAAGCUUCAAUAAGACAAACUAUGGGCUUUUGUAUCUAUUGAAGUUCAGGCUUUCGUCUCAAUUUUCUCUCUGAGCUGAAGUAGAAACCGACAUGGAUGACUUCACUUCUUUCCCAUGAGGACGAAAUCUUCGAUGAGACAAACUAUUGGCUUUGGUGUCUAUGGAAGUUCGGGCGUUUUUGUUUCAAAGUUCUUUCCCGAGCUCAUUAGUUCUUUACUUCACUUACUCCAGGAAUACUGACUGAAUACCAUCUAGGGAAGAAUUAAACGGUCAGACCUGGUUCCGGGCACUUUUAGUCCGACCUUUGUACAUACCUUCUAACUCCUUCUUAGCGGUUUUUUGAACUUCAAUUCAAAGGCCGAGAUUACCCGGCUCCGGAGGAAUUUUCGAACGGCUGAAAAAUUGGACUGGACGUCUUGUUCAUACGGAGCCGAACAAUGUUUUUGACUUUUUUUCACUUGGAACUUACGAACUGGCCUUUUUAUUUGUAAUAAAUCAACCGGCAGAGAUAACAGUAAUUAGUAAAAUCCAACUAAUGGUCUAUUAUCAAUGCUGCGUUCUGAUUGGUUGAGCUACUACUAGGCCAUGUGUUAUAGCUUACUAGUAGCGAAAAGCGCGGGCUUUUUGGCGGCAAAAAAGGAUUAAAGUCUAGCUUUAACUAGCUAACAAUUUUUUUUCUCAAUAUUUUUGUCCAACUAGUUGGAUUUUACUAAAACAAUUAUUCCCUUC